GCUAUGUUUGUAUGCUUGGGUUAUCUUUGACGCUUCUGCCACCAUCGCUGAGCAGCAGCCAUGUCUUCCAAUAGUACAUACAUGCAUAUGAAACAUAGAUAAUAUCCAUCUCCAUCGGUACAAGUGCAUGGGAACGUGCGCGUGUACAUGUGUUGGAGCAAUUAAUUUACACACUUACAUAGUCGCAGCCGUCGGCCUGGAGCGAAUCAGGGGGCCACGUAUACAAUUUAAGGUUGGCCGUGUGCCGCAAGCCCUCUCUAUUGCACCGCGGUUCGAGGUAGACUAGCAACUAACCGUUGCCAAAGCAUGGUGGUGGUUGAGACGCUGGUGAUGGACGUUGUCAUAUCAAUCCCCCCCCUCGAAUUUUUUUCUUUUCUUUUUCCGUUAGUGGGAUAUUAUCGAUUUUCUGCGUAGUCGCUGCACCAUAUCGAUACCGCCUCGAUGCUAAUGCAGCCGUUCGGAUCAAUGAUGCUCCACACAGCGCGAGUAUAUGAAACCGCACCCUACACGUGCCCAUGGCCCCAUCCCAGGUUUCGGCACGUUGCUGCGGAUGCGUGUAUGUAUGAAUCAAUGUACAUAGAUAGCAUGUAUCUAUGUAUGUAUGUAUGGAUAUGUACGCUCGGACAAGUCUCCUCUCUCGCUGAUAUGGCUGGUGUUCGUGCCUUUGCCAUUAGGCGCUCUCGCUCUUGUUCGGGCAGGCAGCCAUUCCCACGCAGACCUCAUUGGCCGUGCGUCGGUCGAGCUAGCGAGGAAGAGGCUAAAUCCCCCAGUGCAAGACAACUGCACAGCUUUCGUAUCGGAUGAUUGCUGCAAUACUGCGCGGCCGGACUUCCCAUCUGCUCCGUCAAACAAUGGCUGGCGCUUGCAUUGCCCGCCGUGGGCAAACACGCCAGCCAGCCAGCCAGCCAGCCAUUCAUCCCAUCUGCCCAUCCACCCCAUCCAGUGGGACCCGCUGCACUCCUUUGAACCACUGCUCACUGCUCACUUCUCCCUCGCACUGUACCCCCCCUAGCCAUUCCGUGUAUUGACGCGACUCUGUAUUCUGCCAAGCCUUUCCGCCUUCGAACCUUCCGAGAUACAAGCCAUUCACUCUCUUCCCAAAACAAAUAUUGGCUUAGGCGCGGUGUUCGUCUGGGGCGGAUCAAACUCACAUCAAGUGAAUGAUUCCAAUUGUCUCUCCCCAUUGUGUAUUCUCAAAGUUCGUAUAUAAAUCGUUAGCCAAUGAACGCUUGCGCAUUGCCUCGUCUCGUUCCCGUCCAGGUCGGGGCGGAUGUGCCUGCCCCGUUUUCUAGCCGAAGAAAGCGGUUCUCCAUCUUCGAUUGAUUCACUCCACGAUGCCAACGUACAUCGUCUUCUCACAGCACCCAUAACUUCAUCCUCGACUGACUGCGCGCCAUUCACCCGCUGCACAGUACAUUGCUGCGGCUCAACCACCUUGCAAUCCAGACCUCUCAACCCUUCCCGCUCCCGACCUAUUUCAGCCUUCGAUCGCACCUUCUCUUCGGAAGCCUGGCUACUCUAUGUCGAAGCCGAACCCUACGCACCACUUCCCCAGCCGCGACCUCUUUACACACCAGUCUUCUCUUCUCAACCGCGCGCGCCUGCGCAGGCUGUCUCCUGAUCAAUAGCACCAUUGGGUUGUCGCGUUUGAUGAAGAGUUGGGUCCAUUGCUGUCCGUCCCCGUACACGCGAGCACAUCCCGCACCUCGCGGCCUCGAGCUUCCUCUCCACGACUUGCCCUCGACUUCGAAUCACCAAGGCUUCUGCUUGUCUAGCUGUGCACUGCCUUGAAUGCACUUGUUGGCGCGGGCCAUGAUUUUCACUGCGGUAUAGGAGCAAUCGGAUCAUCGCUUAGCGUCCCAGACCUUCACGCCUCCUCACCACAGUCAGGGAUUUCCCUCACCACAACCCCCACCUCCCUCCCCUUGCAGUGCGCACGCUGCCACGAACCAUGUCGGAAAUAAACCUCGCAGAACCUGUUGCGCCAGAGCCUGAACUGCGUGGCAUGAAGCUCGAAGAAGGUGUGUCCUUGGAGGACGACGAGGUGGAAAGCGAACAAGGUAAUAAAACACAAAUCAAGGUGGAGGCACAGCCAGGCCGCACAUCUACCCCCAUCCAACUCCCACCACGCUUGAAAUCUACUUCCAGUUCACAGUCACCCGUUAAGCGACACCCAUCAGACGUCUCUGGAUCAGACUCAGACGCGCAGGAAGAGGUGCUUGGCGGCGAAAUCACGCUGAAGAUGGAGCCCGGCAAAGCGCCCAAACUUUCACGCAAAGCCUCCCAGAAAGUCGUCGCACGGGCUCCACCACUCUAUCUGGACCUUCCCGAUUCCACUGAUGCUGCCAAAGAGACCUUUACCGUCUUGACAGAAUGCACCUACGCCAACAAAUCUCUGGGCACGACAGAACAUGCGUUCGAGUGCGACUGCUCUGACGAGUGGGAUCCCACUGAAGGUAAAAACCAUGCCUGCGGAGAAGAUUCGGAUUGUAUCAACCGCGCCACCAAGAUGGAGUGCGUGGGUGAUUGUGGCUGCGGUCGCGACUGUCAGAACCAGCGAUUCAUGCGCAAGGAAUAUGCGGAUGUGUCUGUCAUCAAAACCGACAAGAAAGGUUUUGGCCUCCGCACCAACACCGACCUCAAGCCCGGAGAUUUUAUUUUCGAGUACAUCGGUGAAGUCAUCGAAGAGCGCGCCUUCCGCCGCCGCAUGGUCCAGUAUGAUCAAGAGGGCAUCAAGCACUUUUACUUCAUGUCACUGACCAAAGGAGAAUUCGUGGACGCGACCAAGAAGGGUAACCUGGGUCGCUUCUGCAACCAUUCCUGCAAUCCAAACUGCUUCGUUGACAAAUGGGUGGUUGGAGACAAACUCCGCAUGGGGAUUUUUGCCGAGCGGAUAGUCAAAGCGGGAGAAGAGUUGGUGUUCAACUACAACGUCGAUCGGUACGGUGCUGACCCUCAGCCGUGUUACUGUGGCGAGCCCAAUUGCUCCGGCUUCAUUGGCGGGAAAACCCAGACGGACAAUGCCACGAAACUAUCGCACGCUACUAUUGAGGCGCUAGGUAUCGACGAUGGUGAUGGUUGGGAUACUGCUGUUACGAAAAAGCCGCGCAAGAAGAAGGUCAGCGAAGAUGAUGAAGAAUACGUCAACGAUCUCCAACCAAAGUCACUCGAUGAAAAUGCCGCCCCCAAGGUCAUGGCCGCUCUACGGCAAUGCACGGAGAAAUGGAUUGCUGUCAAGUUGUUGCACCGCAUACAGGAUAGCCAGGACGAGAAAGUUGGUCACCAAGUGAUCCGCAUGCACGGUUACGAUAUCCUUCGGAAGACCAUUUCCACUUGGAAAGAUGAUCCUAAUGUCGUUCUCCAAGUCCUCGACAUUCUCCACAGUCUGCCGCGAAUUACCCGUAACAAGAUCCAAGACUCCAAAAUCGAGGAGGUUGUGCAACAACUCAAACAGGAUUGCGAGGAUAGGCGCGUAACUGAAUCUGUCGACGAGUUGUUGGAGGCGUGGAGUAAGCUGGAGAUGGGCUAUCGGAUACCCCGGAUGAAGAGAGAUCCGAAUGCUGCGACUCCCCUACGUACAAUCUAUCAAUUCGAGCGUCGUGAGCGAGGUAGAGAGCGGUCGAAAUCGCGAUCCAAAUCUCCUGAUACGGGCGCCCCAACUGGUGCACCUUCAGGCCCCCGUGGGUUCAACAAUGUUCCCAAAGGCCCCGCUGGAUUUGUACCAACACCCCGUCCCCCGCCUCGCCCGAGACAGAUUUUCCGACCCCUUCCCACUGGCUGGUAUGAAGCCAAGGACGCUAACGGCAAGCAAUACUACUACAACGAUUCGGGUGCAACAACAUGGCAACGACCAACUAAUCAGACACCACCACCUACUUCAUCCAAAGCAAAGUCACACCAACAAGUAUUGCAGGACAUGAUUUCCAGCAUUACCGCCAAUUCAAGCCGCAGUAAUCCCGCAUCGGCCUCUACCACGCCACAGGCGGCAGCUGAAGAACCGAAAGACCACAAGUCAAAGAGCGAGAAAUGGCGUGAUUUACCCCAGGAAAAGCUCGAGAAGCUGUACGAAGGCAAUAUUGUCAAGCAUGUUCUCUCCGUCACUUCCCGCUACCGCAAAGAUUUCGAAAAGGACGACAUCAAGAGGUUAUCCAAAGAGGUUGCCAAAAAGAUAGUCCGAGGAGAUUUCAAAUCUGGUCGCGUGAAGGACCCUAAUGCUCCCCUGGAUUCGAAACAUGAAAAGACGGUCAAAGGCAUCGUGAAGGACUUCAUGGACAAGGCUGUCAAGAAGAAAAUCGAGCGUGAAAAGGGCAAAGCGACACGGGCCGAGAUCAAGGCCGAGAAUGGGGCAGACAAGAAGGGAGUGAGCGGACUCCGAUCGGACAUGGAAGGUGUCAAGGAGGGAGAAGACGAAUUGAUGAUGCAGAUGAGUGAGGACGGAGACGGUAAAUCCGACAAUGUGUCCCCAACCGAGUCAUCGUCGGGCGACUUGAAGCGCAAGAGGGAAGAGGGUGAAGACAUUGGCUCCCCCAAAAAGAGCAGGACUGGAGCGUUCGAAGGCCCCCCUCCGCCACCGCCACCGCCGCCGCGAACCGAAAGUAUGACUCCCGAGGGCGUUGCAAGUGAUGGUGGGAUGACGAGUGGAAUGGCUGCGAAUGGUCUUGCCAAACAAAGGGAAGGCCAGAGUGCAGAUGCAGGGUAUCUUGCCACUCCUCCGACCAACGGAUCGGCUUCUGAGGAUGUGAUCGUGAACGACAAGGCUUGA